CCCCCCCCCAACUCUCCCUGCAAGCUAGAGGUCAGGUAUCCCUUGCAUAUCAAGCCUUGAUCACACCUCACCUUUUUGACCUCCCAAACACAAAGUUAGUUCUCGGUUGGUGGAUAGUCCAGCAGAUCAAGGGGGCCGGGAGAGAAAGAAAGGGGAGCUCUAGCUAGAGGAGGAGAUCGAGGAAGGAGAGGCAGCAUAGGUGCUUGAUUAUAUUAUAUAUAGCUAGGAUCGAUACGCAUACACAUAGCGAGGAUACAGUACAGAUGUCUCAGGAGAUGUCGGCCGCCGCCGGCGGCGGCGGCGGCGCUGGGCAGUUCGGCGACACGACGUUCACGAAGGUGUUCGUGGGUGGUCUUGCCUGGGAGACGCACAAGGAGGGCAUGCGGGCCUACUUCGAGCAGUUCGGGGACAUCCUUGAGGCUGUCGUCAUCACCGACAAGAACACCGGCAGAUCCAAGGGAUAUGGAUUUGUUACGUUCUGUGAGCCGGAGGCGGCGCUGAGAGCUUGCAUGGAUCCAUACCCGGUGAUCGAUGGGAGGAGGGCCAACUGCAAUCUUGCGUAUCUUGGGAUCAACAAGUCCAAGAAAGCACCUGUACCGCCGUAUCUGCAACCAUAUGCAGCUCAUGUUUAUGGGGGAGGCAACAUGAGGCCAAUGAAGUCCAUUCAGACAGCUAUGGGUACCGAUGGUGCCAGCUUGAGCUUCGUCCCGGCCGAUCAUGGCAUCCAGCAAGGAAUUCCCACUUGCAAUGUUUAUGCCGGGUACUCUCCCUAUUUCUCGAACCAUGGCUAUCCGCUGAGCUACUACCAAGCAGCCUAUGGUGGACUGCAGGGAGCCCAACAGUAUGCAGUCUUCGGCGGUGGCGCUACGGCGGCAGGGCUAACAAUGGCGGCCAACCCCGCCGCGGGGCUCUACCCCUACUUCCAUUACGGGCCGGCGAGCGCGGCAGCCGCUGGGUACAGCAUGGCCCAGUACCCCCAGUUGUACCAGUAUGCCACGGCUGCGGUGGGCACCACGACGACGGCGGCCGCUCUGACCGCUGUUGCAGGCGGCCUCCAGCAGUACGGUGGCGCGGUGGUGCUGACUCCUAAUUCUAUUGGCCAAGCAGGCGUGACAAUGUCUCUGACAACCCCAACUCUGCCGGCACCGACAGCGCAGUACCAGUACAGCAGCCUCAUUCCUGCUCACCUCGCUGCAGCACCAGAUCAGAAGCCCAGUUUGUCCUAGAGAGCCAUGACUGCCUCCCUAGCUCCGUGCAUCUAUAUCUUCUUCUUCAUUCAGAACAUGCAUGUGUCAGUCAGUAUUCAGUAGUCAAUGCAUAUCAUGCAUCUCUGCUCGAUCUUAAUAGGUCUUAGCUUCAAAUGAAACUGCACGCGGUGUAGAAUACAAACCACGCAUGUACCUGUCUGCGCUGAGACUUAACUAACUUGGUGCCAAUGCUCACUCUGGGUUGAGUGGUGCAUUUGGCUGACUAACCAAGGGUCAUGGCAGAUCUAAUUUCCCAUCAUAUAAUCUGGUACUCGUCGAUCGUCUUCUCCUUUUGGUCUUUAGGUCGCGCCACAUCAAAUAACCUUUGUCAGCUGAAUGGCCUUGCCAAUGUCGAUCUCGUCGUUCUAGUACUUGCUAAUAAUGGAUACUCCUUUCAUGAUCAUGCAUAUAUAGGUCACCAAUUAGCAUCUCUUUUGUUAGUCAUGUAGGUCUCAUUACAGUACUUGUAGGUAGAUGGAGUUUUGUUAACUGUUCCUUGGACUCUUAAGGAAGAGUACUGCAAGGGCAAAUCAAGUCGCAGAGUUGCUGCUGAUUUUUCAUACGCAGCUUUAGUUGACUUCUGUGAUCAUCUUCUUGAGGUGUAGCUCCACAGAAGUUUGUGGAGAUAUACGAAAAGCUUAACUAGUUCGGUGUCGAUUCGUGGUACGUAGUCAUAUUAUACUUAUCUUCAUGAACCAAUUAACUAGGGGACUAGGUGUUCCUUUUUCUUUCUCUACUUUGGUCCUUUAAUUAGUUUUGGUCCCUUGAUUCCUCUCCCAGUCAGUCUCGCAUAUCAUGCAUCAUCACGUUGAUCGACUUCGCCAAGAAAGCAUGCCAGCCAUGGUUAGGUCCUGCUCAGAUGAACAAUUACUGGAAGCCAUUCUUAUCUAUGAGCCAUAUUAAUUAUCUGUAGUGCUAUUCUCCAGUGAUAUAUGUAAUAACUACUACUAUAUAUGCAAUAUGUUCAGCUUCCUUCUGAGAAGCUAAUGUACCGUGCACGUCGUCUCAACACAUUCACAUGAAACUCUGCUAUAUAACUAUAUGUGACAAUAUGCUAAACUUUUAUGUAGCAUUUUUCUGCAUAUAUAUCUAGCUUGGCCUUGUUGA